AUGGUCCGUAUCGUUGCUGCGGUGCUGUCUGCGGCCUUUAUGGCAGAUUGUGUCAUUGCAAAGAGCGCAUUUCUUACUGCUGAGGCCCCAGACUAUAACAACAAAGUGGUCGAUAACCUUUUGGGUAAUAUCCACUCGGUUCGUGGAAAAGGCGAGGCCUAUGCCGUCUUCGAUUGGGACAACACGUGCAUGUUUGGUGACAUUUCGUACACGGCAGUAUUUUAUCAGGUAGACAAUCUCGACUUUCGCUUUACACCUCAGCAGUUGAAACUCAUGUUUUCACGAGGCUUGAACGCUAGUAAUGGUGAUACUUGUCUUUCUAAUGGUAUCCACUCGAAGCUUGGUGAUGAUGUAUAUGGCACCUCCGUGACUUUAGCUACAGCUUUGGCUGAGACAGUCAAGGACUAUGAAGUGCUUUACAACGCCUAUAUCGCAUCUAAGUAUCAUCUCGUCGCUACUGCUUCCGUUACAACCGUCACAUUAAGAGAGAUCAAAGGAUCUCGUGAGUAUCACAAUUUUCGUGCAAAACUAGCCUUUCUACUGUUUGGACUUGAGGCUAUGAUUGGGACCAAUGACCACUCUCUGUGUUCAAUGACCGUCGCUGCGACGAUCUUUCCACAACUGCUUCUUGGUAUGACAAAAAGUGAGAUUCAGACUUUGAUUCGCUCUAGUAUCCGCUGGAAUCUAGGUCAAGCACUUGAAACCCCUACCUACACUUCAACAGGACAUCUACAAGUUCAGGGUUCGUAUACCAAAGGUUUGCGCUUCUUUUCCGGUCAAGAAUCAACUAUGCGGGCGCUUCGAACUGCAGGUGUUGACGUAUAUAUCAUCAGUGCGUCUCCUCAGCUCUUUGCUGCUGAAGCCGGUAAUUUGUUUGGAUUGGGCAAUACGGUGCCAAAUGACAACGUCUACGGUGUUCGCUUUAAAUUUGACGCGGCGGGGCUGUUUACGGGUAAACUUGUUGAUCAUUAUCCGAUAACUUGGGGUCCUGGCAAGGCGACAAUUGUCAAGAGCAUUUUAAAGCCAAUGCAUUACGGGGCUCCUCCCAUUUACUCCUCGGGUGACUCGGAUGGUGAUUGUGAAAUGAUGGAUAUGGUUCGAGAUGGCGUCGUCGAUACUAAUAAUCGUUUAAAUGGCAACACAUCUUGCAUCCAUCGCUUCUACGUCAAGGCAUGUAAAUACUUUGGUACAACGGAGCCAAGAACGAAUAAUGUGUACCUAUUGCAGGGUCAGGACCAAGUCAUUGGCACAUGGAUCACUUCGGGAUUCAGUACAAAAGAUGGUAUCACGUACGAAUCAGGUGUAAGCUCGUACGAUCAUUGUAAACACUAUCAGUUCCUGCACCUAUAA